AUGAUGGCAUGUUGGGUGGACUAUCACAGGUGAGUCUGUAUGAAAUACAUCCCUGCUGUGUUGCUGUUUUCAGGAAAAGGCCUCAGUGCCUAGGAGUCAGAUACCUCCCAACCAGAGGAGCAACCUCGUCUACCGAAAGGGAAGCCUCUACAGAUCAUGAGAAAGACAAAGCCGUCAGUGAGCAGCAGAUUGUCUGCAAUGACAUGGCUUCCAUUCCUACCUGGGGUUGCCUUUACAAUGUCAAGAGCCAACCUGGGUAAAAAGGUUGUAUGCUCAUUGAAGGAGUAUAACACAUACAAACAGUACCUGGAUACGGUCAAGACAAACCAUGACAAAACCUACAGCAAGAAGAUGAAGAAACAGAUGCUGAGAAUGGUUCAGUUACAUGAAGAAGGCCAUAUCCCUAAUGAUGUUUUACUAGAAGAUAUGAGAGAGUACUUACUGGAAGAAGGAGCUCGGAACAUGAAGCAUCUGCAGUCAACCAUUUGUUCCAGGGUCAGGGGACACAAAGAUGGCCUGCAAACGGCAUUGUAUGACCCAGAGAGAGAGUUUGAGGAGUAUUGGGUUUCUAAGGAGCGAUUCAGGCUGAAACUCAUUCAAAAUGAUGUAAAGCAUGAUGUGAACAAGGCCAGGCAACUGAAGGAGGCCAAAGAAAAGUGCAACAGAAAGAAAAUGUGCAUCAUGGAACAAAAGCAGGCUAUUCAGAUGAGGAAAAUGGAAGAGGAAUUAAAAAACCUCCAGGAGUUUGAGAAGUUGAGAGAGGCUGCUAUUAAACCAAAUUAUCUAUUGGAAGAAAUUUCUGGAAAACCAGCUCCUGUCCAGCUCGCUCGCCUAGCUGCUCACACCAAAACUGUGACGAAAACAGUUUCCCUGUCAGGCAAGUCAGUUUCACCACUAAGUAAUCAUAAUUUAAUUAUGAAGGAUAUUUCUGAGUAUUGUUUGCUGCCUGCAUAUUGGCAUGUUCAUAGCAAAGUGAAUGCUAAAUCACAUCCAAUUCAGUAUUGUGUGUUUUUGUAAUAGGAAACUCAUCUAAGGAAGAGCCACCCAUGAUACAGAGGAGACCAUGCCAGGGUUAGGGUUUUGUCUGUCAUAGUUGAAGUGUACCUAUGAUGAAACUUACAGGCCUCUCUCAUAUUUUUAAGUGGGAGAACUUGCACAAUUGGUGGCUGACUAAAUACUUUUUUGCCCCACUGUAUGUGACAUUGUCUAGGUCGGGAUUGAGUCCGGCGAUAGCAGGAAUUAACUGUGUUACUUGCGAUGAGGGAAGUUCCCAUACCUCCCGAAAUGCUGCUCACAGCUUUGAUGGCAGUCUGACUUGCCUUGGGGAAAUUGCUCUGUUGGGAGGAUUCUGUCUAAUAUUAUCAAUCAUUUUAGUCUUGACCUGCUCCAGAACUUUGAUGAUCAAUUCUAUGGCGGCAGACUCCAGUUGGGGGGGUGAGUGAAAUGGCAUUCUCAGUCAGCUGACAGGCCUGGUCUUUGCUCCGUUUUCUGGAUAAACUUUUCAACAUAAACCAAAUCAUUAUUUCUCACUCCAAGCUGUCAUCACUUUUGAUGUUCCCUGAUACAAAUUGAGGCAAAGAGACGGAGCGUCUUACAUCAUUCCUCAUCGAGUGGGCCAGGCUUUCUUUGAAAAGAUCUUUGCUGAUGUAGUCAAGAACUCCAUCUUCAAGGGUGAGAUCGAGGUUAUGGAAAGAGGUGCUUCUGGUGGCCUGCUGAGCUUUCCUUCCAGGGGAAGGUUUCUUUGAGUCAAAAACAUUGUUCAAAAUUACCUCUCUUUUCUCAUCAGUUGUCUUCUCACCAGGAGACACGAAUGUUCCCCCUUGCAUCACAAUUGACUUUACCUUAUGGUCUUCAACCUUUACCGGAGGGAUCUGUGAUUCAGUGAGGCUUACAUCAGAUCCAAAAAGGUUGCUUUGAAUUGGUCCAGGAACAUUUGAUGGACCUUCCACAGUAUUGUCAUGUAGUGGUAGCUGGCCAGCUAAAUCCAUUUCACUACAUAUGUCAAUUACAUUUUUCCACCAAAUCAUCGGGAAUCGCCUCAACUUUUGUUGAGGCCAUUGUUUUCGCGGAGUGCUCUGUUGUUGCCUGAGAGAGCAUUUCUUCCAUAUCUGCUCUGGUAGUACAAUAAUAGGGAGCACUGGCAAUCACAGUUGUCUCCAUGUCACCCAGAAGACUGCUCACAGCAAUGAUGGCUGUUUGACAUCCCUUUGGAGACGGCACGGCAAAUGAUACUAGGAAUGUAUCUUGUUGAUGGAUAUGCUUGUUGACUUCUGUAACCGAAAAAUCAUUGGUUUCAUGCAUGUUAACAUUAGAAGCCUCCUCCCUAAGUUUGUUUUACUCACUGCUUUAGCACACUCCGCCAACCCUGAAGUCCUUGCCGU